AUUUCUUAUUUUUAUAAUACUAGAUGUUGUCGAAACAAAGUAUUAUAAGUUUAACGACAGCUUCGUACUCGAUUAAUGUGUUUAAAAAGCACUAUAAUUGUCAUUACAGUUACGAAAUAAAAUUUAAAACACGUUAAUAAUGAGGCUUAUAAUCUAGGGAAGAACCGAUUUCCAAGAUCGAACGAAUGUAAUUCCGUCGCGCAACCUAUCGGCAAGCGGUGGCGAACGAUGCAACGGUUUGAGAACCACUGUCAUCGGCGUGUAGGGGCGUCGUUGCUGCGUGCAAUGUGUAUCGUGUAGGCGUUGGCGAGGAGGAGACAAGUCGGGGAUGUGUCCGUAAAAAACUUGCGGUUUCUGCGUACUCUGCCGCACGUGCACGCUCGAAAUCGUGUUCCGUGAACGAUCGAGUCCCGACAAAAUUAUACUGCAUGCCUGCAUCGUUCGAAAGCGUAUUGCGAACGGGUCUAACAAUUACAGGCAAGGAAAAAAAAGUGUAGCCAGUGCUCCGUAUAUUCUUUCGUUUCUUCGAAAGGCCGCGUACCGUGCGUAUAUAUUUCGGUCUUUUGUCGCGGACGUUUAAGACGCGAGCAAAUAACUCGAAUCAGAGAAAUCGUCUAUUUGAUUCUACGGAGACGAACGACGUGCUGCAGAAACGACGCCCGUACCAGGAUGCUAGGACAUCUCCAAAGGGCCAUUGAGUUGAUUGGUGUUACUCGUGUGAAUUGAUUUCAACUCGAUUCGUAGUAAACGAGAGCAAAGCCUUGCAACGGAAAGAAGGAAAGAAAGGAAGAAAGAAAGCGCGAAAGAUUUGUGUCUACAGAAAGAUAAAGAUAGAAAGACGACAGGGAGGAACCCGAGGAGAGAAAGAAUCCGACGGAGAGUGUGUGUACAGGAGAUGUUCGGAAUCUUGAGACAAGAUCCUGGUGCGGGAGGAUUUCACUAUCAGCGACUACGAUCGAACGUAUUAUCACACGGUGGAUUCUUCGGCGUAUGAGACAGCAUUCACCGGUAGGUUCGUGGGUCUCUCUCUUGUUCUUGUGAACACGGUUGACUGUGUGUGUGUGCGUGUUUUUCCCGGCGAGGAAAUCUCGGCUGCAACGGCGGCGGCGGUGGUGUCUACUGGCAUGAGAUUUUAUUGUCGUCCAGUCGGCACGCUCUCGUCGAACUAUCAACGCCGAAUACGUGCCGUGUUAUUCGUGCAAUUUUUUCUGCGUGAGUCAGAAUAGUUGGUUCUUUUCCGUGAUUUCCCUUUUGUGCCGAAUGAAAUCGCUGUUCGACCGACGGUGACAAAGGAUAUACUUACGUACCACGGCAAGAAAAUAUUUUUCAGUAUUCCGGCACUCUCGUUUCUACGUUUGUCCCUGAGGCUCUUGAUGAUAUUGAGCAUUAUCGUCACCACGGUUGACAGUGCGACUCAACUUUCCACGUAACCGUAUCUUCUCUCUUUUUAGAGAGGAAUCAUAAAUAUAUCGGCGCUGAAUCGUGUUCGUGAAAAAACAGUGUUGUGGAAGAAAACGUGCGGUGGACAGAGAGGGUGGAUGACACACGCGGGACGCGUAUCGGCCGGCCGAGGGAACGAAUUUGCGGAUUCGUCGCCGGUAUAUUACGUCGUGCGACGAAGCUUCUUGGAAUGUGACGAGGGACUUCCGGCGUGGGAAAUAUCGUAGAAAAGGAGACGUCAUCAUUGACUGCUGAGCCGCAAGAGACGAAAAAUCAGCUGGUAUGUCAAAUAAUCAGCUGGUUGACUCCUGUCUGCUGGUGAAUCGUCGAAUCGUCGAGAGACAGGAGCACAGUAUAACGCACACUGAGAUCACACAGAGACGCGUUCUCCAGGAGAAGGGCCCCGACAUGCCGCAAUACACCGGACAGAGUGAUGCAGAUUACCACGGAAGUAACGGCCAGGCGGACACCCAUUCGUUGCAUUCGUCUCAUUUGUCUGUCCAAGAGGAUCCAUUACUUAUCCGCAGCCAUAAGCAGCAAACUACUCAACAAGUGACAAACGUGUCGAAAGUUGUUCGCGAGGUAUCACACAUGGAGCCAGAUCCAGGAGCAGUGAGUUACAUGUCAGUUCCAUUGAUGUCUCAGGAUUAUCAGCACGCGGACCGGCGAUACCCGGCGGACUCGUACAUGGUCGGUUUUGAACAUUACGAGCCGUACCUCGGUUAUCCACCACAGCCAGGGUAUCCGGGUCCGCAUGGUAUCUACAUGCCACGCUCGCAUUCUCCUCACAGUCCUCAUAGUCCUUCUGAGCACAGUCGUGCCUCGCCUCCGCAUGAAUACCUACGUAAGGCGGCGCCAUAUGUGGAAGGCGGUUACAACGACAUCGAUCCAGGUUUGAACCCCGCGUUGCAAGAUCAUUAUCGUAUUACUCCUAGUCCUGGUGGUCCCGGAGAUCAAUAUGAUCAAAUCAGCAACUCUUGGAAUAUGGAUGACUCUGGCGAACCCUCUCAGCAUCCUCAUGACGAGAAUAAAGUGGCUUACGGUUACGUGUCUCCGUCCCCUUAUGGACCUGUUGGAUACGGCCCUGGCGUCGGGGUAGGUCCAGUCGCAGUUCCUAGCGAUGUGCCCGGUUACGACGAAGGCCAUCCGGUCCCACUCACCUCUGGAGUUCCUCCGGGAAUGUUCGACGACGAGGUUCAUCUUCAACGGCUACAAUCUCGACAUCCGGUGGUGCCCGGCAUGGCUAGUCCAUUAGACGACGAUCAGAAGUCCAUGAGAUGGCGAGAUCCGAACUUGUCGGAGGUGAUCGGCUUCCUGAGUAAUCCGAACAACAUCAUCAAGGCGAACGCUGCCGCGUAUCUGCAGCAUCUAUGCUACAUGGACGAUCCAAAUAAGCAGAAGACGCGAAGUCUAGGUGGAAUACCACCGUUAGUGCAAUUAUUGGAUCACGAUAAUCCAGACGUGUAUAGGAAUGCAUGUGGUGCGCUGCGGAAUUUGUCUUACGGCAGACAGAAUGACGAAAAUAAGAGGGCUAUCAAGAACGCCGGCGGUGUUCCGGCCUUGAUCAAUUUAUUACGUAGGACGUCUGACGCGGACGUGAAGGAACUGGUGACGGGGGUUCUUUGGAAUUUAUCCUCGUGCGAGGACCUUAAGAAAUCCAUCAUCGAUGAUGGCGUAACGAUGGUGGUGAACAACAUAAUUAUUCCGCACAGUGGCUGGGAUCCAAGCUCUUCCAGUGGCGAGACAUGCUGGUCGACCGUGUUCAGAAACGCAUCUGGCGUCUUAAGAAACGUCUCUAGCGCUGGCGAGUAUGCAAGGAAGAAACUGCGCGAGUGCGAAGGUUUGGUCGACGCUCUUCUUUACGUAGUACGAUCCGCCAUCGAGAAGUCGAACAUCGGGAACAAGAUCGUAGAGAACUGUGUGUGUAUUCUGCGGAACCUGAGUUAUCGGUGUCAGGAGGUGGAGGACCCAAACUACGACAAACAUCCGAUUCAAUCGACCGUUCAGAACAGGGUAGCUGCUCCAGUCAAAGCAUACAGUUUAUGUCAAGGUGAAAAUUUGGGUUGCUUUGGCGGCAGCAAGAAGAAGAAGGAUGGUCAACCAGUGCAAAAGGAAACGACCGCAUCUCGCACUACCAGCCCUAGAACGGAACCCGUCAGAGGAAUGGAGCUACUCUGGCAACCAGAAGUAGUACAGUCUUAUUUGAAAUUGCUGCAGACAUGCUCAAAUCCGGAGACUCUCGAGGCAGCGGCUGGGGCGCUUCAGAACCUCGCAGCCUGCUACUGGCAGCCAAGUAUUGAAAUUCGCGCGGCUGUGAGGAAGGAGAAGGGACUUCCCAUUUUGGUGGAGUUGUUGCGGAUGGAGGUGGACCGCGUAGUCUGUGCUGUGGCCACAGCUCUAAGAAAUCUAGCGAUAGACCAGCGUAACAAGGAGCUGAUCGGAAAAUACGCGAUGCGUGAUCUCAUUCAGAAGUUACCUUCAGGAAAUAACCAGCAUGAUCAAGGAACAAGUGACGACACAAUCGCCGCCGUUCUCGCCACAUUGAACGAAGUGAUCAAGAAAAACGCCGAGUUCUCGCGAUCUCUGUUGGAUGCUGGCGGUGUCGACAGAUUGAUGAACAUUACUAGGCAACGCCAGAAAUACACGCCUCGUGUUCUUAAAUUUGCAGGACAAGUUUUGUUCACAAUGUGGCAGCACCAAGAGCUGAGAGACGUUUACAAGAAGCACGGCUGGAAAGAGCAAGAUUUCGUCACGAAAACGGUGGCAGCGCGAAAUUCAGGGCCUAAUUCACCUAACAAUGCCAAUAGCACCCUAAACCGACCGAUGGCGAGUCAAGGAAGCACCAGAUACGAGGACAGAACGAUUCAGAGAGCGAACAUGAAUUCGAAUAACGUCGGUCGACCCACUAUAUAUCAGCCUCAACCGAAACCCGGUGAGCCGCUCUACGCGCAAGUUAACUUGGAGAAGAAAAAGAAGCGGCAGUAUGAGCUGGGGGUGGGCCAGGCGCAGGGUCAGGGCCCGGUCGUCGGCUCGGGAGUGGGCGUCGCGGCCGGUGCUCCCACGGCUGGUCAGUGGGUGGCCGAUGGUGUUGGUGUUCCCGAUGGCUCGGCCGCCACCGCAACGGUAAACGUUCCACCGAAUUCGACUGCCGCCUCAGCCGGCGAUUCCUGGGUAUAACAGGGUGUCCAUGGUUCAGCCGCCGUCCAGGGGGCAGUCAUCCUUCCCCCGAGACUGCUGUACGCAUAGAAGACGAUUUCACGACUCCCAGUUGCGGGAUUCAUUGAAAGAUGGACGAUGACUCUGUGUCUGAAACGUAAAAGGAGAAACAAGGGAAAUAGUAGAAAUUAAUCUUGCCGAUUUUUUGCUGGAUGAUGGAUAGAGAAGACUGGACAGGGCAUUGAGGACAAGGAUGGAUGAUAGGAUUCUUGGUUUUGUAUUUUCGGUUAGAUCGUUACUGCACUGAGAAUGAUACGCGUUGUUGGAAGAUACGAUGUAUAUUGGAGGGAACCGGAAGACUGAGGACAAGAAGGGUAUAGAGGUGUUAGUGGCUGAGACACGGAAGCCUCUUAAAUAAGCUUCCAUGGAAGUUUAGAUCACCGAGUAUCUGCUUAAGACGGUCUUACCAAGAAAUGAAUAUAUAACAAUUGAAAAAGAAAUAUAAAAAAGAAUUCGCACUCCGCACCCCACGUUAUCCAUGUAUACUAGACACGGAAAGCGACUUGUCCGACCACAUCCGCAGCAGUAGUCGCACUAAUGGCUCUAAACCUUCAUUGCACAAUUCUAAAUUAAUAUAUACACUAUAUAUAUAUAAAUAUAUAUAUAUAAAUAUUAUAUAUAUACAUGUAUAUGUAUAUUUUAAGGCGGUACCCUUGGAGAAAGGACCCGUAUUACAAAAGUACUACUAAGGUUAAGUAGUCGGUAUUACUACGAACGAUUGUAUUAAUAAUAUCAAUGUUAAUGAUAUUAAUAUUAUUAAUAUUAUUAAUAAUAUCAGCGAGUAACGCGGUCGCGAGGCUGUCGCUAUAAAUAUAGGAGGGUAUAAAGAUGAAUGAAUAUAUAUAUAUAUAUAUAUAAAUAUAAAUAUAUCAUAUAGGUAUAUCAUACACGUUAACUGCUACACCGACACACACACACACACACACACACACACACGUAUGUUAGGGGGGCGUAUCGAUUAAGCUACGUUAUUGUAUUAUGUAAACUUCUGAGGCUGUGGGUGUGGCAUGUAACGAGGAUGCCGAAUAUUUGCGAGUUGCACUUUGUUUUUUUGUUCUCCGAGUUUUCCAAUCGGUUCGAUGGCGCGAAACAAAGAGUGCAUGGAAAAGAAAGAAAAAGAAUGCGAGCGAAUGUGUAAACUAGCAUGAUACUUUCGUUUGGGUGCCGAUAUGUCCACUCGUAAACGUAAAAGCGUAAGGAAGAAUAAGAAAAUGGGGAAAAGUGGAGGAACGAGCACCUUUGUCGAGAACCACGUUGCCAAUAGAUGAGAUCGAUUGGAUCCCAUCGUGCAAAAAAUCUGUUCUCGUUCUCGAGGAUGGCUGCUCGGUUGAAACGCGAAGAAAAGAAUAAAAAGCUAAGACGAAAAAGAUAGAAACGGAUUACUCGUUGAUCCUCUAGACACACGAUUAUCAAGGUUCUUCGCUGUUACGUUUCGUCAUAUUCUAAUGUAUUGCUGUCGUGUAAAUGGUUGAAGCGAAAAAAAGAUAAGAAAAGAUAUAGAAAUGCAACCGAAAUUAGACCGAGACCAAGCGAACGAGAAAGAAUCGACGAAAAGGGGGAUUAAAGAAAGAAAGGGUGCGAAUGAGCAGAGAGAGGAAAUAUGUGAUGUUCAAUGUUAUCGAAUGUUUGACAGAGAUGACACUAUUGAUAGCCGAUAUACAUAUUAUAUAUAUAUAGAUAUAUAUACAUAUAUAUUAUAUGUAUACAAAUAAAUAUAUCCUUGUUCUAUUUCUUAAAUAAUGUUAUUAUGACAGUUGAAAAAAAUCGAUUGUGUUCGCGAUUAUAGCUACUGAGAGAAAGUAUAACACCAACGCAGGGACAAAAGAAUUAUAAUUCUCCCUCGUCGAUUCAGAAUUAUAUAUACAUAUAUAUAUGUGUGUGUGUAUAUAAAUGCUUCGUGCAGUAUGCACGUCACGAUCGACUAAAUAAAUAAAUAAAUAAAUAAGUAAAUAAGUAAAAAGAAAAAAAAAAAGAAAAAAGAACAAUCAUCGAUCUCGUCGGUCGUCUCGCAUAACCGGUCCAAACGUUCGUUCAUCCUCUAAGCGUACUUUUUCGAUAUCUAUCAACCGCGUAGUCGUUCACAACAGCCUAACUUUUGUACAUAUUCAUCUCUCAUAUUCAGGCGAAUUUAUUCGCUUUUUUCUCAUUAAUCGAACGAACGACGAGAUCGAAUUAAGGACAAACGAGCGAAUUAAUGACGGCGACCAUAGAAAACUGGCUCCAACGAUCGUCGACGUGCCACCGGAAGCAGAAGCUGUAUCGCCGUUACCCUGCCGGAUAUCAGUCGCAUCGACCCUCCUCGAGAUGGGAUCGGGCGAAAGCUCGUGCGAUCGUUUCUGUUACGAUGAAAGAACGAUCUGUAACAUCAUUAAUAAUAUCGUAAAAAUGUUUUGAUAUUUCGAUAAAAUAUCACGAACUGAAUAUCAUCAUAUACUAUUUAUACAAGCGCUUUCGAACGAAUGCUGUCAAUGCACCCACUGCGCGGAAUAUCCAGUCAUAAGUGGGUCGUAACGAUAUUCUACCGCCUAUGAGUACGGGGAUUUACGAUCGGAUGGGAUUCUCGCGUUAAUUACGAUCAAAUAUGCCGAUACACCGUCUUUUAUGUCUGGCCACUGUUGCGCUAUUGUUACGAUGAUUCAUAACACGAUUUCGAACAGAAACGAGCGCGCGAUCGCGAUCGAUAUCGAGAUAGCGAGCCGAUAAUGGGUAACAAACCGCGCCUCUUCACGAAUCGAGAGGGGCACCCUUCGAGCUUAUCGUUCGGACUGCUAGCAGAUCAUCGACGCGCGCGAAUUUGCCGCGAGAACCUCUUAGAGGACCUUGGACCAUUCCGCUCAAUGUGACACACACGGCUCUGAUAAAUUUCUGUCCUUUUCUCACUCGUGUCUUCGACGAAUUUCGAUUCUGAAGUUUUCUGAAAUUCGAAUCGAACACGAUGUCUUGCGUAUCCUCGAUGACUUCGCAAUGUCUGGAAUUGACAUCGUAGUUGGAGAUCUUUGCUGAAAUUUCAGCAAGUUUUAAACGUUGACGAUUGAUUUUGGGAUCUUUUUUCACUUUUCUUCUCGUACGAAGGCGUUUCUCGAGAAAUUUCACACUAUCAGUUACGUGGACCAUCGAGAUUAAAUAUUGAGAAAUACAGACAAAUACGUUUCGAUGUUUCGUCUAUCUAAGAAGAGUUCGAAUUGAAUUUGACGAUGGAAACACGAGUCGAAGAAGGGACGAUAGAACAAAUAAAUCGCGAUCCUCUUCGACGAUUCGAAAGAUCCUCGUUGAAGCGUGGUGGAUUAAUUGUUACAUCGUCGGAGGAUUGACAGAGCCGCCACUAUUGACUCGAACGAACCGAAAUUUUGAUAUCCGCUUUUCAUUGUUUUCAUGUACCAACGUUUCUAAUUUUCUACGAGAAUUAACGAGCAAGAGAGAAUUGACGGAGACAGACGGAAGAUUUUUGUAAAUGUAGUGUGUGGAGCGACGUGCUCGCAGAAAAAAGAAAAAAAGAAAAAAAUGAAAAAACGACACGCUUUCGAGCAAAGAAGAUGUGCGGUUAUACUACAAUGCGUAGAAUGAUCAAAGGCUGAUCAGUGAAAUUGAGAAAUUUGUAUCUACGUAGUUAAAGAAGGAAAUCUAUGCUCUGCCGAGAAAAUCACCUUAUUUGAAGUACUUCUCCUUUCAGCUUUUAUAAUUUUGUAAUGUUCGUUACGCAAUUUUUAACAAUUAUUAUGAUAUCGUAUUAUCACCUACUCGUUUCACUUUGAAAAUUAAAUUUCGUUUUAGAGCGACAAGUCGUAUUUUUGAUGUAAUCCAACAGUGUAAAUGAGUACAACCUCGUGUCCUUAUUUCCAAAAUGUACAUUUGUGAAUUCGACACUUAUUCAAGCUAUCAUUUAUAUCUUUAUCGUUGUCUUGCCCAAUAGUUUUCCCAACUUAGCGAAGAUAUUUUCUUGGUGAAACGUUAAUUCACGCGGAAGUUUUUUAAUUUUUUAAUAGAAUACAAUUUCUCGGCACUGCAAUAUAUUACCUUCGUCGUAUACUUAAAAAUGGGCCUUGUAAACAAUUUCAAAAGGCUAACUUUAUUUACGUUUUCGGCUCAUUCCGUUGUUCGUUGCAUGAUAUACCUAAGUACGUGCAGACUUUGAUAGAAAUUAUCCUUAAACAGAAACUUAUGUUUGUGUCUUUGUACGAGGCUCGUUCGAUCUCUCGAAGUAUCUUCAGAUAUAUCACAUAUAUUUUUCUUUCUCUUAUCUUUCAAAGAUUUUCGUUAAAUUCUCUUCAUUUUCCUUUUUUUUUUUUUUUUUUUUUUUUUUUUUUUUUUUUGGAACAAUGGCAGCUAUUAUGGCAGUUAUUUUUUAAAUAAAGUUUCUGUAUCUGUAUGCAUAAUACUUUGUAAAGGAGCUUCGCGCAAAUCGAACGUGAAUCUAUUUUGAACAAUUCGAAUAUUUCCGAACGUUUUAUAUCCAGUGACUGUUAUAAUUUAUUGACACUAUAAAAUUCAAGACUCUGUUUAUCGAAAUCGCUUAAACAUGCGAGUCCUUUCAAAAAGGAUUCGACAGUAGAUCGACGAAUCGAUCGAUACGCUGUUAUGAAGGUUUCAGCCUACGGUUUCUAAUGGAUAAGAAGAAAAGGAUCAAAAAGAAAAUGGAAAAAAAGAAAAGAAGCACCGAGAAGCGAUGCGUCCGGAAUUUUUUUAACGAUGUCGUGUUUUACUAACGAAUUUUUACGCCGUUUUUUACACGAUUCUUACCGGCCUAAGGAGCUGUCUUUUCCACGAACAGCGAUCGAAGCUGUUUGCGUUGCUGCUUUCUCGCGGAACUAAUCGCGAAUCGAUCUCGAUCCUUUGAAUUAAAACAUACCGUUUGUUAAAAACGAACAUCGAAAAUCCGAAUGAUUUUGCUUCGACUAUUUGUCUUGAAAAUAACAGAAAUUAUUUUCCUUUUCCAUUAAUCCAAACCUCCCUUGUCUUAAUAAUCGAGUUUCGCGAUAUUCAACGAUAUUAACCAACUAUCGUUAGAUUUUUGAAAUGUCAUUAUAUACAUAUAUUUAUACAUUUUAAAUACAUGUCAAAUUGGAAAAUCAGAACUUAAAUACACCCUGUUUACUGGGAACUUGAAUAAUUUCUUUUGUUUCGGUAACCAGUUUCGUCAAACUAGAAAAAUUCUGAAAUAUUUGUGAACCGUCAUUGAAAUUCUAUGAUUUUACAUAUUUAGUAUCCACAAAAUUCGCGAGAUUAAAGCUUAAACGUUUCACAUUUUAUUACGUACAUACCAAUAAUCUGUGCGGAUGAUUUUAACAAUCAAACGCGAUCGAUUUCGAUUUCCGAGUUGUUCCGACCGAAGAUCCAAAAUUCAUCCUUCACCGCGAUCAUCGUCACCGAUCACUCAAAGAAGACUGAUAGCGCAAAACUCGAGUGAUUCCAUUAGACCGCUCCAUCAAGAAUCGAUUUCGAAAAGAGGGAAUAUGAAGAAUGAAACGGAUCGAGGAGAUCAGGAAACGGAUACGAGGAAAACUUCGCAACACAUCCACGUGAAAGUUAUAAGCCAACUAGCAGGACGAACCAACGGUUGACCUCGAAGCAACACAGAGGGAAAUUUUCACCAUCAAAAAGGAGGAGAACAGUGAGCGAGUGCGAGGGCAAGAGAGAAAGAGAGAGAGAGCGUGAGAGAGAGAGAGAGAGAGAGAGCGUGAGAAAGAGAGAGAAAAGAAAAGGGAAAAUGGCGAAAGACACGAGUAAAAGCGAGGGGGAUGCGAAAUACAAGAAGGAAAAUGCCAGAAAGAAUUUCAUACAUUUCAUAUACAUACAAGCAUACACGUUACGUAUACAUACACGCAUACGUAUACACAUAAGGUGAGAAAGGAAGAAUGAAUGACGAAUAGAGAGAAAGUAAAAAGGAGCGAGAGAGAGAGAGAGAGAGAGAGAGAGAGAGAGAGAGAAAGAAAGAAAGAAAGAAAGAAAGAAUGACACAAACACGUGCAUAACAAAUAGAAAAAAAAUGAUAGGCUACAGUGCUGCAUACGUAUUUAAAU